CUCGAUGUAGACCUUGGAACGACUAGUGGUUCUCAUUCGUCUUUGAGAAACAGCAGGACCGUGCUGAUCAUGGAAUGAAGGCGCCAGGCAGGAGGAUGAGGAGAACUGUUGAUUUGAAGGUUCUCCUGGUGCUAGCGGCUCUGGCCGAGUUGAGUCAUGGGGCACAGAGCACCAGCAGCUACGGGACGCCGGAUGGAUCCCUCACCAUGGCACGGUUGCGUCGAUCUGUGUCUGAGCAGCCAGCUGUCCUCCACAACCGAGUAAAAAGAGAGGCGAGAAAAAUUAGAGGCGAAAAUGGACCUUGGGGAUUUCAUAAACUUUACAUAGGAGACGAAGAAGGUGACGAAGAAGAGGAUGAAGAAGAAGCCCCAGUGAAGAAACAGGCGACUACGACGACGACCACUACUACAACAACUGCUAAGCCUACUCGUCGCCGUGGGCGUGACAGCGAUGAGGAAGAAGAGGAGGAACGACCGAGGAAGCGUUCGAAGAAGCGUUCGAAGAAGCGCGAACCCACCAGUAGUGAAGAAAGCACUGAACGCCGCAGUAGUAGACGCCGGGGAUCACGGCGCCGUGAUGAAUCAGAAGAGGAUUCAUCGGAACGAAGAAGACGCAGGAAGAAGAAACAGCAGAAAGAGAGCGAGGAAGAGAGCUCCAACAAACGUGGCUCUCAAGCGGGUCGUCCUAACGGAGGUGCGCCGGCGGGAAAAACUUUUAAUCCCAAGAGCACACCCGGAAUGAGCGUGACCGGCUUUCAUCCUUUGAAUAUCGGCGCCGAGGAGGGUGAAGAGGACGAAGAGGAAGAAGAGGCUCCGAAAAAACGCGGCAGCGGAGGCGGUGGCCGUAAGAGAGAGGAUGAGGGCUCUGAAGAGGGUGGCCGGCGAAAACGUCCCGCUCGCAGAAGAAACGAGUCGGAGGAAGAAGAAAGCGGAGAAAAGAGAAGACGCCGCAAGAAAGGCGGCAGGGGUUCCUCAGAGGAAGAACAGGAAGGCGCUAAAAGGAAAAAGACUCGUGGCGGAGGCGGUGGUGCCGGGGGAGCAGGUGGUGGUGGAGGCAAAGGUGGAGGCGGCGGAAGCGGCGGCGGAGGUGGUGGCGGAGGUGGAGGUAGAGCAGUCCCCAAGGGUGGGGGUGGUGGUGGCCCCCCUGCAGGCGCAGGUGGUAUCAAAGGUUAUGGCAGAGGUUUUGGUCGUGCCACGGCUUCCGCAGAGAACGAUGACAAGGAAGAUGAGGACGGCGACAUGGGCUUCUAAGCUAGAACAGCACAGAAACACAAUGGAAAGGAGAGGAAGAGCAACAUUACUACAAGCUAUGGUGUUCCACCUAUUCACAAGCUUCCCACACCACUUGAUCGAUCCCUCGAGUUACGCAGUUAACAAUAAGAUUUGGUUAAGCUCUUACGGACGUAUGCAAUGCCUUAUGUCAAUAAAGAGCGAAAUCCAUCGAA